AUGUGUCUCCAUCUCUGUCCAGUGCCACUGGAGGAUGGCGGGACUGCCUCUGCCCCCUACCCUCUGCCCCCUGCCUCUGCCCUCUGCCCCUGCCCCCUGCCCCCUGCCCCCUGCCUCUGCCCCCUGCCCCCUGCCCCCUGCCCUCUGCCUCUGCCCUCUGCCCUCUGCCUCUGCCCCCUGCCCCCUGCCCCCUGCCCUCUGCCUCUGCCCUCUGCCUCUCCCCCCUCCCCCUACCCCUGCCCCCUGCCCUCUGCCUCUGCCUCUGCACUCCCCCUAGUUCCUUUCACUUGCCCCCUGCCCCUUUCACUUGCCCCCUGCCCCUUUCACUUGCCCCCUGCCCCUUUCACUUGCCCCCUGCCCCUCUCACUUGCCCCCUGCCCCUCUCACUUCCCCCCUGCUCCUCUCACUUGCCCCCUGCUCCCCUCACUUGCCCCCUGCUCCCCUCACUUGCCCCCUGCUCCCCUCACUUGCCCCCCGUGCGCUUAA